GGAGCGGUCUGGGGCACCGGUUUCAAAGUCGCAGGGCGGGCCGAGUGAACGUCCGCUGCCAGCCCCGGCCGUCCUGGAGUCGCCACCUACUCCGCAAGGGACGCCGCCACCCGGCUUCCUCCGCGCUCUCCUGGGUGGCCCAACGUGACCCCGAGUGACCCACGGGACGCCUGUAGCCAGCGGUGUCCCAGUCCCACCCGACUGAGAUUCGUGUGAAUGUGGAACAGAAUUCACUUGGCGGGUCCCCAGCAAACCUGAAGUCUCUCUCCUGAGCGAGGGACUCGGCUGGGACUUGGGAGGAGGAGGCGCGGCGGCGUGAGUCGGAUGCUAAUUACACAGCUUGACAACCUCCAGAACGGUGUCUUAGUUUUGUUUUCCCGCACUGCGAGCUCUGUGUGUUUUUGAGGAAACUAAAGGUGGUGAAAAAAAUCCAAACCCAAUUUUUAUCGAAAUGGCCACAGAAAUCGACUUUCUGAGAGAUCAAAAUCAAAGACUAAAUGAAGUUCUUAGGCGAUAUCAAAUGGAAAAUUUUUCCAAAUAUUCAUCAGUACAGAAAGCUGUCUUCAAAGGAGAUGGAGAUGACACACUAGGAAACUCAGUAGUUGACCAAAGCUUUUUAGCGCCUCUUAUUACUGAGUAUGAUAAGCAUCUGGAAGAGCUGACUGAGCAGCUGAAAUAUUAUCAGAAACAAAUGGGUGAGAUGAAACUACAACUUGAAAAUGUCAUCAAGGAAAAUGAAAGGUUGCACAGGGAAUUAAAAGAUGGUGUUGAAAAACAACUGGAGGCCCUUCCCUUUGGUACAGAGAUGGGAAAUGGUAUAUAUACAGAUGAUGAAACAGUCAGGAAUCUUCAAGAACAGUUACAACUAGCCAAUCAAGAAAAAAAUCAGGCUGUAGAACUCUGGCAGACUGUAUCUCAGGAAUUGGACAGACUGCAGAAACUUUACCAGGAAUAUAUAACCGAGGCCCAGAUUCAUGUAGUUGAAAGUCAAAAACAAAAGGAUCAGCUAACCAGUUUUCAACAACUGACUAAGCAACUUCAUGUUGCUAAUGAAAACAUAGAAAUGACUAACCAACAUUUUCUGAAAACAGUAACUGAGCAAAAUGUGGAAAUGGAGCAACUCCGAAAACAACUUAGGAAAGCCAAGUUAGAUCUGAGAGUUGCAGUAGCAAAAGUGGAAGAGUUAACUAAAGUGACUGAAGAUCUUCAUGAACAGAUGCAAAAGAAGGAAGAGGAUAUGAUGUCUGCCCAAGGAAGAGAGGAAGCAUCAGAUAGGCGUUUACAACAGUUACAAUCUAGUAUAAAACAAUUAGAAACAAGAUUAUGUGCGGCCAUCCAAGAAGCCACUCAAUUAAGAGCAGAAAACACACAUUUGGAAAAACAGACUAGAGAAUUGAAAGCAAAGUACAAUGAAUUAGAAGAUGAAAAAUGUGAAGCUAUUCUAAGAGCCAGGAACAGCAUGCUACUCCUAGAAGAAGCUAACCUGCAAAAAAGUCAGGCUCUGCUUGAAGAGAAGCAAAAAGAAGAAAAUAUAGAGAAGAUGAAAGAAACAUUUUCUCGGUUUGUGGAAAAUGCUGCCAAACUACGCAGGAAGGAAGUUGAAAACGCAAGAAAACAAGGUAAUGUACAGGUUUCUCAACUAACAGAAGAACUUUCGGCCCUUCGUAUGGAGUGUGCCGAAAAACAAAGCCAAAUUGAACGAGCCAUUAAGGAGAAAAAAGCAGUGGAAGAAGAACUAGAAAAGAUUUGCCGUGAAGGCAGAGAGAAUGAAAGCAAUUACAGAAAACUGGAAGCAAUGCACCAAAGAUGCCUGGUUGCAGAGAGAGCAAAAGAUGAUCUUCAGCUAAGACUUAAGACAGCAGAAAAUAAAAUAAAACAACUUGAAAUAAAUUCCUCAGAAGAAAUAUCACGUUGCCAAGAAAUGAUUCAGAAACUUCAAAAUGUAUUGGAGUCUGAGAGAGAGAACUGUGGAUUUGUCAGUGAACAAAGGCUAAAACUUCAGCAAGAAAAUGAACAGUUACAGAAAGAGACUGAGGAUCUGAGGAAGAUGGCUCUCGAGGCUCAAAAAAAAGCAAAAUUAAAGAUCAGUACAAUGGAACAUGAAUUUUCAAUAAAGGAACAUGGGUUUGAAGUUCAGUUGAGAGAAAUGGAAGACAGUAAUCGGAGUUCCACCAUGGAACUGAGGCACCUCUUAGCGACUCAACAGAAGGCAGCCAAUAGGUGGAAAGAAGAAACAAAGAAGCUUACGGAAAGUGCAGAAAUGAGAGUCAGUAUUCUAAAGAGUGAGCUGAGUCGACAGAAACUUCAUACUCAAGAGCUGCUUUCUCAGCUGGAAAUAGCAAAUGAAAAGGUAGCUGAGAGUGAAAAGUUAAUUCUAGAGCAUCAAGAAAAAGCCAACAGACUUCAGAGGCGGUUAAGUCAGGCGGAGCAGAGAGCCGCCUCAGCUUCCCAGCAGCUCAGUGUGAUUACAGUGCAGAGAAGAAAAGCAACCUCCAUGAUGAAUCUGGAAAAUAUUUAAAACUAUUCGUCAUUCCCUCACAGAACUUUGGCGUUGGGACAGCUGUUGGACUGGCAGUGCACAGAAACGGUCCGACCCGCAGAGAGUGGUCGAUCGGACUUGUGUCAUCUGCAUAAGCAUUUUCCAUUCUGUUUUGAGGGUUAUUGGAAAACAGAACGGUGACAGCUUCCUGUAAGUAAAGAAAACAUAAUCCUAUAUUGAGCUUCAGUGGAGAAUAAAGCCAGCUGAGAAGAACUCAUUUCCUUCAUCAACAUGUCUAGUUUUUAAUUCCCCCUUUCUUCUGUGGAAGAAGAUAAUAAUUUUCAAACUAUGAUAAUCAUGAGAAAGAGAUUUUAAGAAAAAUGCUAGAAUUUUAAUAUGUCAGGUUCCCAGAUUUGAGAAAUUUACAUCUGAUUAGUACUCCUAACAUAUUUUUCAGGGUUCCAAGUGUCCGUUUUAUUAUGAACUCAUAAAUGUAAUAAAUUAUGCACUUUCUAAA